AUGGCGAGCCAGAAAGGCAAGCGGCCGUGGGAGGUGCAUGGAAUCUCCUCUCCCUUCAAGAUUGCAACGGAGGUGCGCGAGUCGAAGAUUCCCGGAGCUGGCCUUGGCAGGUUUGCACUGGAGGACUGCCCGAAAGGCACCGUGGUCAGAAGCCACCGCUUCAUGUCGGUGAGUGAGUACAUCGACAGCGCCGCCGUAGCUGACUCCAGCAUGGGCGCGAUUGAGAUCCAAGGUGCCGCUGACUUGGAUGCGUUGGUGAGCUACUACGCAUCUUCGCCUGAGGAAAUGGAUGAGAUUCGCCCUACAGUGGCCUCCUUCGUCGCAGGCAUACAGAGUGCGUACUCUGCGGAUGGGCAGUCUUUCAUGUUCAUGCUCUUUCCCGUGAGCCACGUCAACCAUUCCCCUUCCCCGAACAUACGCGAGAAUCGGAAAGGAGAUCUCUGGUUCGUGCAGUCCAUUGCUGACAUCAAGGCUGGUGACGAGAUCCUCAGUGACUACACGGUCUUCUACUUCAGCGAUGAGGUGAGGGAGUGGCACAAAAGGCACAACCUGAUGGAUUGCACGACCUUUGCGGAGUCGCUCAAAGCCUGA